AUGCCAAUUACUGAGCUGAAAAGCCGAGAAUGGCAGGCCCUGUCCUUGAAGAAACCCGUCUUUCUGGACACGGGCAAUGAAGAGCGGUGCAGUAGCACACAGAAGGAUGGACGGGAGCAGCAGCAUGCAGAUCAGAGUGCACACUUGCCUGUGGCCACCUCAACAUACUUAUUUGAAUUGAAGGAAGAUAAUGAGGCCUGCAGGAAGGCUCAGCAGACCGGAGUGUUUUACCUCUUUCAUGACCUGGCUCCUUUGCUGCAGGCUUCGGGACAUCGAUAUCUGGUCCCUCGGCUUAGCCGAGCAGAGUUGGAAGGGCUGCUGGGUAAGUUUAGACAGGACUCACAAAGAAUAGAAGAUUCAGUGCUGAUUGGAUGCUCUAACCAGCAUGAAGCGUGGUUUGCUUUGGAUCUGGGUCUGAAGAGCACAUCCUCCAUCCACGCCCCCUUGCCAAAAUCUGAAAUGGAGGCAGAGCUCAGAGGUUCUUUCAUCACACUGAGGCAGGCUGUUUUUCAGCUGAACUCGAUGGAUUCCUCCUUGUAG